AUGCAGUCUCUUUCCCUUACCGCAAAACAGCAGUGAGUGCCUCACUCACCGUCCUUUCACAACUCAAAAAAAGAAAAAAUAAAUAAAAAAACACAAAAUAUACAAAAAUCUUUAUAAAAAAUAAUUAAGUAGCGGAACAUCAACACGAGAAAACUACAAAUUAAAAAAAUAUAUAUAAAAAUCGUAAAUACUGAUUUUUUUUUAUUUAAAUUUUUCUUUUCUUUUUUAAGAAAACGGAAGGCCUCGGGCUUAUCUAGCCUGAAGUUUUUUAAGACAAAAUAUAAAAACAAAUAUUAAAAAAAAGAAGAAAACUUGGAAAAACCAGGAGUUCUUGGAAACAAUUGGGAUUCCACAUCACUUCCACGCUGUUACACUGGCUGUCAGUUGUCCUGCCAUUUUAAGUUGACAGGUCCUGUAAAAGUUUUGCAGAAUACCGGACCGUGUGGGCAGAGACGAAUAAUCUCUGUAAUAACAGAGCGGCAUACGUUACGUUAUCUAAAUACCCCAUAAAUUCGGAAGCUAGGUGAUUGCGCUACUGGACAUUUCGCAGCUCGUCGUUCACGACGCGUUUCGCCCAUACGUUUCACGCCCGAGAAAUGAACACAGCGACAGCGGGCAGUUAUCCGAUGGCUUCCCUCUACGUUGGCGACCUGCACCCCGAUAUAACCGAGGCAAUGCUGUACGAGAAAUUCAGCCCGGCCGGUCCCGUUCUGUCCAUUCGGGUCUGUCGCGACAUGAUCACCCGACGAUCCUUGGGUUACGCCUAUGUUAACUUUCAGCAACCCGCCGACGCUGAACGAGCUCUGGACACCAUGAAUUUCGACGUGGUGAAGGGCAAGCCCAUCCGGAUCAUGUGGUCCCAGAGGGACCCCUCGCUCAGGAAAUCCGGGGUGGGGAACGUCUUCAUCAAAAACCUGGACAAGUCCAUCGACAACAAGGCCCUCUACGACACCUUCUCUGCCUUCGGGAACAUCCUGUCCUGCAAGGUGGUGUGUGACGAAAACGGGUCGAAGGGGUACGCCUUUGUGCACUUCGAGACACAGGAUGCAGCGGACCGCGCCAUCGAGAAGAUGAACGGCAUGCUGCUGAACGACCGCAAGGUGUUUGUGGGGCGUUUCAAAUCUCGGAAGGAGCGGGAGGCUGAACUGGGAGCCAAAGCAAAGGAGUUCACCAACGUCUACAUCAAGAACUUCGGCGAGGACAUGGACGAUGACAGGCUCAAGGAACUCUUUGACAAGUACGGUAAAACUCUCAGCGUGAAAGUGAUGACGGACCCCACGGGGAAGUCGCGCGGCUUCGGUUUCGUCAGCUAUGAGAAGCACGAAGACGCCAACAAGGCGGUGGAGAAGAUGAACGGUACAGAGCUGACCCAGGUGUGUGUGUGUGCGGGAGGCAUCAAGAGGAAGUUUGAGCAGCUCAAGCAGGAGCGAAUCAGCAGAUACCAGGGUGUGAAUCUCUACAUAAAGAACUUGGAUGACACCAUCGAUGAUGAAAAACUGCGCAAGGAAUUCUCUCCUUUUGGCUCCAUAACCAGUGCCAAAGUGAUGCUGGAGGAGGGCCGUUCGAAGGGCUUUGGCUUUGUGUGCUUCUCGUCGCCGGAGGAGGCCACCAAGGCGGUGACGGAGAUGAACGGGCGCAUCGUGGGCUCCAAGCCGCUGUACGUGGCGCUGGCGCAGCGCAAGGAGGAGCGCAAGGCCCACCUGACCAACCAGUACAUGCAGCGCAUCGCUGGCAUGCGCGCAGUGCCCGCCAACGCCAUCAUCAACCAGUUCCAGCCGCCCGGCGGCUACUUCAUGCCCGCCGUGCCACAGGCCCAGAACAGAACGACGUACUACGCACCGAACCAGCUGGCCCAGAUGCGGCCAAACCCUCGCUGGCAGCAGCAAGGGGGUCGGGCACAAGGUGGGUUCCAGGGGAUGCCCAACUCCCUGCGCCAGCCUGGUCCUCGUGCCAACCUGAGACACCUCGCCCCCAAUGCCAACACACAAGGGCCCCGGGGCUUGACCUCGGGGGCGCAGAGAGUGGGUGGCGGUCAGUCUCUGGGGCCACGCCCCUCCAUGGGGGUCCCCACCCCCCGAGCUAUGCCCCCCUACAAAUACGCCACCACCGUGCGCAACACCCAGCCUCAGGUGGUGCAGCCAAUCGCACUGCAGCAGGCCCAGCCUGCUGUCCAUGUGCAGGGGCAGGAGCCCCUGACUGCCUCCAUGCUGGCGGCAGCCCCGCCCCAGGAGCAGAAACAGAUGCUCGGGGAGCGUCUGUUCCCCCUGAUUCAGGCCAUGCACCCCAGCCUUGCAGGGAAGAUCACCGGCAUGCUGCUGGAGAUCGACAACUCAGAGCUGCUGCACAUGCUGGAGUCCCAUGAGUCUCUGCGCUCCAAGGUUGAGGAGGCCGUUGCCGUGCUACAGGCCCACCAGGCCAAGAAAGACGCCACUCAGAAAGUAGGGGUCAUCGCCACAGCGACGGCCGCCGCCACGUCUUGACCUGAGCAGAGACCCUGACGACCUCAAAGAAAACAAGGUUGCAGGAGCUGAAGAGUCUGGAGAGAAUCGCACC